CUGAGAUCAUGCCACUGCACUCCAGCCUGUCAACACAGCGAGUCUUUGUCUUAAAAAAAAAAAAAACUUUCAUUUUGCACAUGAGCCAUGUGUAGGAAGACAAUCUAAUCCCCCUUUGACAGAUGCAGAAACCAAAACUUAGACCACAGAAGAGGUUCAGGCCAAGUCUCAGGCUAAGUAGUAGCGGGCUGGGAGGGGAUUCAGACUUAGGGGACAGGGAGGUAGGCUGUGGGGGGAAUGGAGGUGCCUGGGCAGGCCCUGGCCACUUGAGCUUUCCUGGGAGCUACACUCAGCCCCUUCCAUCCUUUACCUGUUCCAGGACCUGCCUGAAGCCCCAUCUUCCCUGGCCUUCACUCAGGCGAGAACCCCUAGACACCAGGAGGAGAGUCAGGGCCCAAGAAACCCACUAAGCUGUCAGUAGGACCGGGCGUGGAGCCAGGCCUCCAUGACGUGGACCUGUGUUUCUGUGGGCUGAUAAGAGGCCGCAUCAGAUCUGGGUGUGUGGGCCCCUUCAUGCUACUGUGGAUCUGGGACCUUGCUCUCCACCUCGUUCUCUAUGUGUGUUAUGUGGUUUGGGUUGAAUUGAGUGUCCAUGGAGCUGUGUGUGCAAGGGGUGGGGCUUGGUCUCCAAAGCCCCCUGGGGAGUUCUGGGAGGAGAGGGUGGAGAGGAAAGUGCUGGGGAGUUGCAGAGGCUUCAAACUGGUCCAGCAACUUUGGAAAUCUGGGAGCAGGAGCCAAGAGGGAGAGAAGAGGACAGGCGGACAAAGGAAGUGUGGACGCCGGACACACAGGCAGACUCAGGGCUGUGACAUGAAGCUGCUGCCCAGCUGGAGAGUGAUGCUGCCCCUGGACCCUUCGGGCAGGGCCUGGCCAUGGGCACAGCGACUCAGAAGAACAGCUCAAACCUGUGCCCCAGAGAUGAGGGCCCAGGAGGACCCCGAGGGCCGGACACAGCAUGAAUCCACCAGGGACCCCCCGAUGCCCCUACCCACAGAGCCCAAGUUUGACAUGUUGUAUAAGAUCGAGGACGUGCCACCUUGGUACCUGUGCAUCCUGCUGGGCUUCCAGCACUACCUGACAUGCUUCAGUGGCACCAUCGCCGUGCCCUUCCUGCUGGCCGAGGCGCUGUGUGUGGGCCAUGACCAACACAUGGUCAGUCAGCUCAUUGGCACCAUCUUCACGUGCGUGGGCAUCACCACUCUCAUCCAGACCACCCUGGGCAUCCGGCUGCCUCUGUUCCAGGCCAGUGCCUUUGCAUUUCUGGUUCCAGCCAAAGCCAUAUUGGCUCUGGAGAGAUGGAAAUGCCCUCCGGAAGAGGAGAUCUACGGUAACUGGAGUCUGCCCCUGAAUACCUCUCAUAUCUGGCACCCACGGAUACGGGAGGUCCAGGGUGCAAUCAUGGUGUCCAGCGUGGUGGAGGUGGUGAUUGGCCUGCUGGGGCUGCCUGGGGCCCUGCUCAACUACAUUGGGCCUCUCACGGUCACCCCCACUGUCUCCCUCAUUGGCCUCUCUGUCUUCCAAGCUGCUGGCGACCGAGCUGGCUCCCACUGGGGCAUCUCAGCUUGCUCCAUUCUCCUGAUCAUCCUCUUCUCCCAGUACCUGCGCAACCUCACCUUCCUGCUGCCUGUCUACCGAUGGGGCAAGGGCCUCACUGUCCUCCGCAUCCAGAUCUUCAAAAUGUUUCCUAUCAUGCUGGCCAUCAUGACCGUGUGGCUGCUCUGCUAUGUCCUGACCUUGACGGACGUGCUGCCCACAGACCCAAAAGCCUAUGGCUUCCAGGCACGAACUGAUGCCCGUGGUGAUGUCAUGGCUAUUGCGCCCUGGAUCCGAAUCCCCUACCCCUGUCAGUGGGGCCUGCCCACAGUAACUGCGGCUGCUGUCCUGGGAAUGUUCAGUGCCACUCUAGCAGGCAUCAUUGAGUCCAUCGGAGAUUACUACGCCUGUGCGCGCCUGGCUGGUGCCCCACCCCCUCCAGUACAUGCUAUCAACAGAGGCAUCUUCACCGAAGGCAUUUGCUGCAUCAUUGCGGGGCUAUUGGGCACAGGCAACGGGUCCACCUCCUCCAGUCCCAACAUUGGCGUCCUGGGGAUUACCAAGGUGGGCAGCCGGCGCGUGGUGCAGUACGGUGCAGUUAUCAUGCUGGUCCUGGGCACUGUCGGCAAGUUCACGGCCCUCUUCGCCUCUCUCCCUGACCCCAUCCUGGGGGGCAUGUUCUGCACUCUCUUUGGCAUGAUUACAGCUGUGGGGCUGUCCAACCUGCAGUUCGUGGACAUGAACUCCUCUCGAAACCUCUUCGUGCUCGGAUUUUCCAUGUUCUUCGGGCUCACGCUGCCCAAUUACCUGGAGUCGAACCCUGGCGCCAUCAAUACAGGCAUUCUUGAAGUGGAUCAGAUUCUGACGGUGCUGCUGACCACGGAGAUGUUUGUGGGCGGGUGCCUUGCUUUCAUACUUGACAACACAGUGCCAGGGAGCCCAGAGGAGCGUGGUCUGACACAGUGGAAAGCUGGGGCUCAUGCCAACAGUGACACGUCUUCCAGCCUCAAGAGCUACGAUUUCCCCAUUGGGAUGGGCAUAGUAAAAAGAACUGCUUUUCUGAAAUACAUUCCUAUCUGUCCAGUCUUCAAAGGAUUUUCUUCAAGUUCAAAAGAUCAGUUUCCAAUUCCAGAAGACACUCCAGAAAAUACAGAAACUGCAUCUGUGUGCACCAAGGUCUAAAAAAUGACUUCCAGGAAAGGAUUCCCCUGACACUGCAGCCUGAAGUGAUUAAGAAGCAAGGAUGGGCAAUGGAGUUAUUCUACUGCACAGCAACAUAUCUGUUAGUUGGAAUCUAACAAAGUCUGAUUGCUUAGCAUUUCUGCCAGCAAGGUAGUCCUGAGGCACUGGGCCCAUACUAAAGUAACACCACUACAGUACAUUCCAGCACCAAUAAACACAACCAUCUGCUCAGUUCUACUAUUAUUUAUUUUUUUAAAUAUUUUUGAAAAAAUAUAAUUUUUUUACAAUAUUUUCAACUUAAACACUAUUCACACUGAACACGUAUGGCAGCUUAACCUACCCAAAUAUGAAGUUUAAGAAGCCAAAACUGUUCUAGCUUUGUUAAAAGAAAAGUUGUGCUGCAGACUCUUGUGAUGGUUAACAAAGCAAGGAAAAGCACCACUCAAAUCAUAAUGUUACAGUAUCUUUGUUCAGCUGGAUUAUGGGUUGGUAUUGGUCAUAUGUUAGACUCCACACAGGCAUAGCUAUGAUGCAAUGAAUCCCUUAGAAGUUACAAUUCUCAAAUUAUAUACUUCCUCAGAUGUAACAUUAGAACUCAAUAUUUC